GUCGAAGAAUCAUCUGUUUCAAUGAUUUAUAUACUACUAUGGAGAAAAUAUCAUGAGGGUAGUCUGCACAAAGACAAAGUCCCACCCCCUUAUCAUUUGGGCCCAGCCUGCAUCUGUGCCAUGUGGUACUCCAGGACUUUUCCUCAAAGUGAGGACAUGGAAUAGAGCAGCAUGUUAAACCAUGAGUCCACCUAAGGCAGCUCUUAAAGACAAUGACCUCUCUCCUUGCGGUAAAGAUUAAUCUUGUACUUGUCUUCAAAAAUUUUGGGACUCUCCAUGGAAGACUUGGGUUGAGUACUCACAGAGUCCUCUGUGACAGCCCCAGCUGUUAUCAACAUCAGAAAAACAGCCAGAAAAGUAGUCAGCUGUUUGGCUGACAGCCAGUGCCUGUGAAGACCCCUGAUAACAUACCUUGAAGCAGGAAGCCCUGUAGAGGAGCUGCACCACGUGGCCUAUACUGGUCUUAGAGGCCUGUGGAAAGCGUGGCUCAAGCCUUUGGACCACAAAGAGAACUAACACCUUCCUGGACAGAGCAGAGCCAUCCUCUAGAGCGAGGAGGACCAACUUUAGAGCUUCCUCCUGCAUGGCUGGGGAGAAGAAAAAACACAAAAAUUGAAACAUAACUACCAGCUCAUUAAAAAAAAAAGUGGUGUUCCUGUUUCAAACUGUGGGCAAAGGGGAAUUGACCUACCUGGUCCCAGAAACUGACACCCACGAGCACGCACAGCAGCCCACAGAUUGGAGGAGAGCUGCUGCGGAUUCUGAUGCUGCAGGAUAAGUUCUGUGACAGUUCGCUCACCGAGAGAGCGGGCUGCUCGCAUGGCUCUCACGCGGCCCUCCUCCUCUACCAGCUGGCAGUGGACCAGAGUUACCAGUUUCCUCUGCAUGGGGCGACUCAGCAUGCUCUGGGCCGUGCUGCUCAGACCCACACCUGGAGAAAGAUUACAACUGAUAAACUCGGGUAGUAUACUGUAUACACUCAGCUGCCAGUUCAAAGAGUUCACCCUGCUAAAAGUCCUACAAACCAUCACAGCAGUUCUGGGAUAAAGCCCACCCUCGGUUGAGAUUAUCUUGUUCAGAUAGCUCCUGACUUGACGUCAUGAUCAUUUUGGAGGAUGUCGUUUGUGUUGUGCUUUGAGUCUACUGGAUUUUGCAUGCAAGUGUUUCUUUUAUCAGUUGAAGAAAUACAUCAGAAUAACUCAGUACGAUAGCAAUUCAACUGCGACAGUUACAAACAAAAAGGGUACAGCUGUAUCAAUGUCUGUAAAGGUGAAACAUUACACAUUGAGAUACGGCUGUUUCAAGGUGAUGCUGAAAUUGCAGCAUUUUAUUGUGAUUACUAAACUCUGUUAAUUUGAAAAAAAAGAAAGAAACAAAGAAAAUCUGAGCCACCAUGGAUGUUUGGUGUAAACACACACUAUGAAGAGAAAUUCUCUGCAUUUUACUUUGGCGACAGAGAGACUUCAUGAUACAUACGUGUUAAUGCGCCUGCUGUGUGCUGAUCAGCAGUUUUGGUCUAUGGCGCACUAGUCACUUUAAACUUUGUAAUGCUAUAUGUGUUUUUUGCUACAAAACUUGAACAUUUCCACCAAGACUUUCUGUAAUGUAAACAAAACAGGAGUUCUGCUUUUCUCUCUAAAAAUAUUCGAGGCUAUGAGGGAAAAAAAAAUCAAAUUAACCAACCGACUCACACAGUGACCCAAAAAUAACUAUGAGGUUAAUAAAACCAUCUACUAUCUAAUUUUAGACAUGGCAUGUUUGCAAAAUACUCAAAAUAGCAGAACUUCUUCAACAGCACUUUCAACUGAUGAAGACUCUGAAUUUCCAUGUUUCGAUACAUCAACAGAGCAUCUUCAUUUUUAAAUGUGUUUACAGGAAGAAUCUGUCAGGCAACCUACUUAUGUCAUAUUCAAAACAUUGACUGUGAGUGGAAAUCUUUAAAGAGCUCCAGGUUAAGGGGCUAUAACAUAUACUUGUGUUUUUUAAAAAUGUUUUUUACUCUGGCAAUUACUGAUAUCUUCACUCAUACAGCAUUUUUUGGAGAAGAAUAGGGAACUAACAGUUACCCAGCAACAGUUUUCUCACAUCUUGAACCACAUGAAUGCCAAAAAUGUUGUGUACUGGGACUUCCCAUUUGAACAAAAAAAACCUGCACUUCCAUUAAACUUGCAGAUUAUGAGAGGAGUGGAAAAUAACACAAACAUGAUAAGCUUGUGUUUGUGUGUGUGUGUGAGUGUGUGUGUAUCUAUUAAGUACCUCUGGUAUUGCUGAGAGGUUUGAGGUAGAGAGCCAGCUCCUCCACACACUGUCUGGCCUCUUCAUAAUGCUGCGAGUCCUCAGGACUGGUAAUCAAGGCAACUGGCUGAGCCUUGGGAACCUGCAGUGCAACACAAAAAAAGGAAUUAACAGGGACAAAGCAUGACGAUAUCUGCUGUUGUUUUUAACCACUGUCAAUAUUCUUAUUAUCAAAACAACAAUGUGUUAAUGAUCAAGGGAAUUAAAAAGGAGAUGCUGCAUGAUGACCUAAAAAUUCACUUAUCCUCUCUGUUUCAGACCAUAGCAUAGAUCUCCUCUUGGUGAAACUAAAUCAUAAAUUCAGAAUACAUUUUUCCCAUUUCUUAUACAAAUCAUGACAAAAACCAUGCAUUUGGUCUGCAUUCUGAUAAGCUCUUUUUGAAAUUACCGUAAUAUCCCAUCAGACAAGUGUGCCUGGGUUACGGUCCAUUGAUUUAGAUUUGCAUGGACUGUGUUACACAACAGGCAAAAAACACCAAUAACUACAUUGACAUUUGACAUUUUAAAGACCACUUUAAGGAACUGAAGCCUUUUGCUUUAUUCCUAGCACCUGUUAUGCCGCCUUAGACAGCACUUAUACCUAUCAAUGCGUUUCCAUAACAUAGAUCCCAGAGACAUCUCGUCUUCAUCUAAUCAUAAAGUCAUGCUCUCUUCGAUCUCCCCUUUUUUCUACUCUGAUAAACUCCAGCAGCUAUUUACUAUGAUAUUGUUACCGUCUACACUCUCUGAGCACAGAUCUGUGAGGCACUCAGCUGAGAGACAAGACAUCCCAGCGAUGACCACAUCAGACACAUAUCAGACUCACAGUCAAUACCACUGCUGUUAUCCUUUAUUAUACGGUUAAUGGCUGGAAACUUGGCAAACAAAGACAAAACACCAUUAGGGAAGCCCCACCCUGUUAGUCACACACCAUCUCAGAGCAACACAGCUGAGUGCCAGCACUCAGUAAACCUGAAGAAUUAAAGCAAUUGCUCAAUGACUGAAGAGUGACUCAUACAAGGAUCUCUAAGCUAUAGCAUCAUGUGGCAGCUCAUGUGUAACCAUCCAAAAGUGUUCAUAAAUAGUGAUUACAGAUAAAAUUAGACUCAAAUUCAAGUAGUCAGAAGCCUUACCUGGCCUCCCACCAGCUGCAACAGGGCUGUGUUGACAGGUAGCUGCUCGAUGUCUGUGCUGAUGGCUGUCUGGUCAAAGGGACAGGCCUUUCGGUGUAACUUGUUCAGGCACAUCUUGCAGACAGUGUGUCCACAGCCCAAGCUGAUAGGCCGGCGAACAGUCUCUUCAAAUGUUUGUGUGCAGAUCGGGCACAGCAGGAACUCCGUCCAUUGUGGUGCUUGCACUGGCAUGGUUAUAUGUUGAUGGGACGAGUGUGUGUGAAUGUAUAUAAGAUUUAACACAAAAAAAAAUCUAAUAAUAAUAAUAAUAUUAAUAUAUAUAUAUGGAAGAUUCCACUGGAAUCAAAAUUUUUUCUUCCGAACUCAAUCGUUCUUAAAUUUUCUCACACAUUGUGGAUUUUGGAUCACAUGGCGUGAUGAAUACUGAAAAAGAGAGAAAGAGAGACAGAAAGACAAAGAUAAGUAACAAUCAUCAAUUUUGCAGGGGUAGAAAGUAACUAAUAACAUUCAUUUACGACACUGUAAUUUCUUUGUGGACUAAAACUGUGGGUUGUUUUUAAAACCAGCUGUUUUACUGUCACUGAGGUGUUUUCUAUUUUGAGUAUCUUACUUUGCUUCAUUCAACAUAGCAUACUUCCUGAAUUUGAAACAAUAACAACAACAAAACAUCAUAGUAACUUUUUAUUAACCACGUGACUGCCAGCGGAUCAGAUGAUGACUACACUGCAAAAAAACCCUUCAAAUUUAACUAAGUGAAUUUGUCAGUUAAUAUCUACACUUAAUUCAAGCCACAAUGACCUGACAGGUCUAAGUAUGAAUCUUAUUUUAAGAUAUUUCAAACCUGAUUUUUGUUCUAAGUUCCUAUAAAUAUUUGUUAGAUAAUAUUUUCCAGAAACUGAAGCACAUUUUUCUUGCUACAGCCAUUUUUACUCAUAGUCUUUACUUUGGCUACAUCUUUGUACAGCAACUCAUGGCUUCAGUGUGUAAAAACCACUUAAACUGACAAGAGCUGCUGCAAAAUAUUCAGUAGUUUCGGUCACAAUAGGUACAGAGUCAAAAUCACCUCACCAAUUCAUGCUGGUAUUAUAUUAAACAACAACUAGUUUAAAGGAAAUAUGGCCAUAUAUAACUAAAGAAGCGUAUUAUACUCCCCAACCCCCACUGCCAUAAGAUAAAAACAAAUAUCAGGUCAAUACAGGACAAUCUGAAUUUAUUACUUUCACUUGAAUAGAUAAACGCUGGUAGCUUUAUUUUUACUUCAGAAAAUGCUAAUCAAAGUAUCAGUACUUUUACUGGAAAAAAAAUAUUUUAACUCUUUUUCCAAACUGCCAAUUUCAAUAUCCCAGCAUCAAAUAUUGACAUUUAGAUGUUUUUGAGCUCCUAGUCUAUGUUACAUAUUGGUACUGACAGGGCAGAUCUAUAUUGUCCGUGUAAGUGCAGCUCUGAGACAAAAUAACAAGCAAUAAAGGUAGGAUGACAAAGUAAAGCUAUCGUAAGGCUGCUGCCACUUCACAAAAAUAACAUCUAUAAUGGAGAGUGUCCUAUUUUUCUGACUUAUAAUAAAACUGAAUAGAAUCAGAAGUGAAAGCUGACAUUAUUUUAAGUUAGAGAGGUAACAAGAGACGGAGAAAGAUCAAAACAACUGCUGAGUGGCCUAUUUAUAAGAGCUGGUUACCCUGUAGGACUACGGACAAAGGGUCCUAAAGAAGCUAACAACCAAGUCAAUCUGAGCUAUCAAGCUCCUUACGAACAUUACACGAUUGCCUCUCUACGGUGUCACAUAGUACUCUAUAAAUAUGACUAAUAUAGACAGUAAAUGAAUCCGCGAUCGUAGAUUCUAGUUUCACGUCAAUGGGCUCAGUAUUGUUUAAUCGCUAAACAUGCGAAACGUUAACGUUAGCUUCAUUUUAGCAAGCUAAGCUAUGGGUGGCUAGCUUGCUAUAUUGGCUAGCGAGCGAACGUCGUCCGAUUAAACGUAUCUUUUUUAACUUUUGCGCCUUUGUAGGUUGAUAAUACCGCUGUCACAUGAAGAUAUGUGCAUUUAAGUGUGAAACAAUUAUAUCGAUGGGGACAUUUAGACACCGUAUUGUGUGCUGGUCAAAGAAACUAUAAAAGGUGGAGAAGAAGCAGAGUGACUGAAGCCAUUUGACUCUCAACAGCGACAUUAUGUAACGCUUCUCUCUGGAGCUACCUACCAACCCAAUUAUGUAUAUAAUUAACUGACAUUUACCUGAGUUGCAGAAAAAUAACAGUAAAAUGAAUCCUUUUGGGGCGCAUUCUGAUACGCAACUACGAUAAAUCCUCCUCUCGUCGUUUGACCACAGAGAGCUAGCAACCUAGCGAACAAACCGUACUCCUCCCUCUGCUAGCAGCUAGCCUGUAUGCUAACUAUCUUACCACCGACCAUGGCUAUGCGUCAUUAAUGUGACUAAAACAUCAAAUAUAAAGCCCAGUUGGAUUGAUUCAAGAAAAUAAGUCAUUGUCGUUGAUACUACUCACUCAUUCCAAAAGACUUGGAAGAUUUUCAUCUUUCUUUAGGUAAUUGUUGCGAUAUUUUCUUUCCAUGUCGACUGUGCAGCUUAGCUGCUGCCGAGGUUUGGGGAGGGUGUCAACUCGACAACAGCCUCGCUAGCCGGUUACAGCUAGCUGGGCGAGGUGUGUGUCUCUGUGUGUGUAUGUGUGUGUGUGUGUGUGUGUGUGUGUGUAUGUAUGUGUGUGCUCUUUGGUGUAUGCUUCUGGCGCCCUCUACCGAACUUGGGUUGCAUGUGCAGCACCAUAUAAAACCAAGCAGCAUCUGCCAAAGUCUGUAGUGAUGGGCAUGGCAGUUCUUUUAGAUGUACUGAAUCACCAGAAUCGGUUCACUAAAAAGAUUCGUUCAAAAGAUCUGUUCACCGAAUCAGUGAAUCAUUCAGCGCUUGGUGGGAGGAGCCUGCGACUCCAACCUCCUGAACUGAUACAAAGCUGAACGGCUCAGGAUUCAGUUCGAUUCAAAACUUCUGGGACCGGGAGAAGAGAGUGUUUGGCUGUGUCGCUUUGGCAAACAACUUGUUUAGAAGUUAUGUUUACAUGUACUGUCUUAUGGUAUGCUAUUUAUCAGGUCUGCUCAGUAAACUGGGGUCAGUGAGUGAUUCGUUCACUGAACGUUUUCACAAGUGAAGUAUUCACACUGAACAUGCACUGUUCCCUCGCAAACCGCUGCAAUGAUAGGAACCUGCGAGUUUAAUGCACUACUUGUUACAUGCUGUGUCCUAUUGUAUGCAAGUUGUUGUGGUGGCAAUUUAGCAGUGAAAAAAAGGUAGUUAUGUUUGACAAAAGUGAUUUCAGAGAGUGUAGUUCAAUGCGUGAUUCGUUCACAAAUUAAUUCAGGCGUCAGUGCAUGUGGUCCUUCGUUCGCCGGCUGCUGGCCUGGCAAUGCUGUUUCUCACUUCAGCUCAACUGAAGUGAGAAACGACCGAAUCACUCGAGGAAGUGAUUCGGUUCAGUACUUUACUUAAAAGAUUCGAUUCUUUUGAACGAAUCGUUCGCGAACGACACAACAGUACUGCCAAAGUCUGAUCACAUCUGGGGAUUGUGAAAACUGGCAAGCCGAACCUUGUCCCAGUUAGACUGACGGUGUGUGCAUGUUCGUGUGAGAUUGUGCGGGAAGAGAGGUGGAAAGACAGAAAAGAGGGAGGGAUCAGCUCUUUUAGCAAAUAAGAAUCAGCUGCCAGUUGUUAUUACGAUGCAAAAUUUGGCCUAUAUUCCUCUGUAUCCUUGAAUCAGCAUCGCCAGAUCAUCAGGAGGGGAAGACGUGGGACAUAUGACGAAGGCUGACUCUCAUGAGGCCGUUUUAACGAUAUUGUUCCAUUUUUCAUAUGUUUAUGUGUGCAGGGAAUAGAAGUGUGCGCUCUGUGUAGCCUCCUUAUGCAACAUAAAGCUUCACUCGGCAACGAGUUCGUGAAGCAAGGACGAAAUUAAAGCAGGCAUUUUUUUGUAUUCCAUUUUUGUCUAAUCCCCGCUGAUUUCUGUGGGGAUUACCGGACCAAUCAUGAUUGAGAGGCCAGUGGCUCGCCUGACACUGCUCGGGCCGGGAGGAAGGACAACAUGAGGAUCCGCAGGUUAAUUGAGAAAAAUGACAUCUCGCUUCAUAUCCGGAGGAGAAAGUUGCUUCGUCUUCUCUCGCGUGUUGCAUGCUGUCCUGAGGAUGCACGCUGCAAUAUCUGCAGGUUUUAAUAUGAAUGAUGACUGAAUCGGAAUUUUAAGUGAACUUUCUCACGAUGGACAACGUCGGAUUUGUGAUUUAGAGUAUCGUCUGCUCAAAACAUCCAGGUACUCUUUUCUCUUUAUGUUUGAGUUGUUGAACUGAACAUGGUGUACGUGAAUUUGCUCUGAGACUUACUCUGUUCUCGAUGUUGACACUGGUCUGUAUUUAUUAAAUUAAUCUGAGAGAUGUGGUGUAGCCUAGAACAUCCACGCACUUGAUGACACCUUAAUGUGAAAGUAUGCCAUCUCCCCAAGGCAGAACUAGUAGGUGUUUUUUAGGCGUCCUUAAAUAAGAUGCUGGUUGACAUGUUUAUUUUAAAGCUAUUUAUUUAGCUUGACAGCAAUUCUCUUUGUGUCAUAUUUAUCAGGGCAGGGGUUCUGAUGCAGGAGUAGUUGCUAACCCUUAUUCUAAAGGAUUAUCCUGUGCACUGCAAAGUAAUCUGUGGAUAAGGCAACGUGACUGAACCCACAUUACAUAUCUUCUCACCAGGCAGAUCAGUUAGAAAGUGGGUGGUAGCAGAGAUGUAAAACAGAUAGAGACAGUUUUUUUUUCCCCUGCAUGCUUUUAAUUUCCUUUUUCAUUCAUUUAGGGUCUGACCAGACUCCUCAGCUGAUGGAGGAAGAGAAGGUUGCUGAUAACACCCAAGCACAAACCAGUUCUCCUUUACCUGCAGGACUCCCCAUCAAUUGGAGACUCAUCACCGGCCCUGUACCCGAACCUGUUUUUCCUACACCCUCUCAGAUUACCCAUCUUCCUCCUGUCUCUCAGAGUUCAGCUGUACACGCUCUGCAGACUAAGGUAAAGUCGCUCACGCAGAGAAGGCCAAGAGGAAGAGAUAGAGAGAGGUUAGACGCAGCCGCUCAGGAGAGCAGUCCAGUCGGGCAGAUUUCAUCUGAAGUCCUUCUCAGACCAAGGCCCAGAGGAAAGGGUCAGGUACCCCUGCCUGCCCUUUCCUGGCGAUCAGGCGCUGCAAAGAUCUUAAGCAGCAGUGAUGAAGAGGAGGAGGUGGAGGUGCAAGUCAGGUUGGAGAUCCACAGCCCUCCACCUGAUGUUAAAGGAGAGGAGUUGAUCCAUGGCGGAGAUGAAACUGAAGAAGACAGGUCAGACAGAAAUGAGAGCCAGGUCAGUUUUCGGCCUUACGGGCUUGGGGAGGGUACCAGCCUGGAGAGUCUUCUGUCUGAUCACUCAAGCAGCAGUAAAGAUGAGCCAUCUCCUCCUUUACCUCUUCCGCUUCCUCCUCCAUCUGCUCUCUCCUCCCCUCCUGCAACCACAUCUACUUCUACAACAUCCUCUACUUCAACCUGCACCUCAACCAGGCGCUGGGCACCACCCAAAGGCUUCUGGAGAGUUGCGCGCCCUGAAACAUUGCUUCUCAAUGGCGUUGGACCAAACAACCUCCACUCCACUCUGCCUCUUAAGGACUACACUCUGUCCGAGACACUGACAGACCCUCAGGGAACUUCUAAAGCAGGAGAAUCAGGAACCAAAAGUGAUGUCGGAGUCGCGGUGGACGACUGCGUUGUAUCCACAGGGGUCAAACGCUCAGACAGCGUGGAGUGUUUCCUGGACAGGUGCGAGCAGAAAGAAACAGAAACCUUGGGGCCGUGCACUUCAGACACUUGGGAGGGCUUGGCAUCACAAGUCAGGUUGCUCUCUGCUGAUGAGAAACUGAAGAUGAAGCAGAAGGCUUAUGAUAGAUUAAGGGAGAGAAAACAAAACUGCAAAGAGGAGAGAAAGCAGAGUGAAGGAGAAAGUGCGGAAAAUUAUGAAGACUCAAGUCACAGAGAGGAUUGUAUCGGUAAGUUUCAUGAGGAAGGGGUAAUGUAUUUAAUCUGAAAUGCUUUGUGACAUUUUGAUAUAUUCAGUACUUCAGGUGAUAGUAAAGUAAAGGAAAGCUUUCCACAAGUUGAUGUUCACUCAUCACUUCCUUGUUCAGUUAAGUGCUACUAUUUGCCUUUAAUAUUAUAACCUCAUUCAAAGCUGAUGCCAUCAUAUGUAGGUAUUAAAAAUAAUUAAAAAAGGUUUCAAAGUCUUUCCAGAUUCUGCAACUAUUCAAAGUUACUUAUGCAAGCUCCAUGCUGUUGUAUAUGUAACCUGGCUGAAUCCCAGUGUUGAACAGAUGUCAGAUGUGCAGAUGUGGUUGUUGCUAUUAUUAGCAUUCAGAGUGGUGGGGGGGUGUCACUCUGUUUAUAUCUCUCUCUGUGGGCUGAAGGAUGUCUCCUUAUGGCGACAGCUUAUGCAUUUCCCUAUACCGUGGAUUAGUGAUAUUGUAUGUGUUUGUUUGCUUUCAUAUUACAGUCAGAGCAAGGCCUAUAGAUAAAUCCAUGAUGAUGAAAUGAUUUUUCCCCUCUUGUACAUGGGAAAUCUUCUUGUUCUGUGCCUCAUUCAUUGCAUAACUUGUUUUUUUCCUGACAUUACGACCUGUCAGGGAUAACCAGUGAUUCUGUCACUGAACCCAAUGAUAUAAAGGUUUAUGAAUAUCAUAUCUAAUCAUGGGGAAUGCCAUCAAGUACUCUUUCAGUGGUAAUAUAGACAUUGAAUAGGACUCUAAAUAACAACUGAACCCUUUUAUAAGAGCAGUAUUGUAUUCUUUAUUUAUGAUUAGUUAAAAAGAUGUUUUAGAGUAUACUUUAAAAAAGCCCAAACGUUGACUCACUGCGUUCACCUCUUAUCUGCUUUUCCUCUCUGCUUUGUGCCAGAUGCAGGUGCCCAGUGGGGUUUGGACAGCUCCGACUCAGCCAUUGUUGCUCAGGAACUUGAGCCUUAUUUGAGGUGAAUAAUGUAAUGCUUCUUUAUGUUCCUGGCACAGAUGGUGAAAUAUAGCUCUUGAGCACUAUUUAUACCUUCACCUAGUAAAUUUCACCCCUGUAGCUCCACUCGUGAGAAUUUAGAGCUGCAAGAGUGUCAGAGAGCCUGCCCCCCAUCUAAUCAAAACAGAUGUUGCACUACACAUAAUAAUUUUCAAGAUGUGAUACAAGCAUGAGAAGUAAUAUAGAAAUGAAGAAAUUGAAAAGUAAAUUUUGAUACUGAUGACGAAGUUGUUCUACCCAGCUGGUAAACUGGCUGCUAAUUAUGCUGUUUGUCAGUGCUGGGAUAAGACACUGUCAUGCAACUAUAAUCUAUUUCAACACAAUAUGUCCUCCUCCUCACACCCAGGAGAGAAUGAAUCACACUCAGUCCAUUACAAGGAUAAUCCAUGUGGUUGUUGUUGCAUGCUAUCUUUAUCACUGGGCCAGGGGAUAAAGACAAGCACAAUGCAGAGUAGCUUAACUCUUGGACAUAAGGACGGAUGGACGGGAGGACACAUGGAUGGAUGGAUAGAUGACAUUCUCUCUGCUCCUCACAGCCACUGCCACCCCCCCAGCCUAUCUAUCUGAUAUUACAUAAGGCAGCUUAGGAAGACACAGCUGGAUUCACUCUAUGUUAAGUCAAUCUGUGGAGAACAUGAUGUAGCUGGAUAUGUCGCAAACAAUAAGCUUACAUCACCUAAAUGAUUUAUCUUUGCACUAUGUUUCCUGUUUCUCUUGAUCCUCAGGUCUCUUCUCAUAAUCAGCGAUGAGCUGCCGCUGAGCCCAAGACACGAGGAGGCCAAGCGCCUUCUGGAGCGAGCGCGGCUCAAGGCUCGCUCCAAUCACUUAAAAGGCGAUCCCCCCUUCAGACAAUCCCAUUCUGAGCAGAGACCUCCUGCGUAAGUUUGCUGACGUGGGCUUUGGCUUCUUUGAUGUAUGAGACUGCAAACGCUCCACUUCUUUUAAGCAGUCUGCAUAUACCAAGCACUAGUAUGAGUUAUUGAUGUAAUAAUGUAGUUUAAUUUUGUACACCUCCAUCUUAGUUGUCUUGAUAUCGAUGUUUGCACUUUUUCUGCAUUAUAAAGCUAAUGUUAAGUUACCAUUGGUUCCAUAAACGUCAGCCAUCUAAGUGGCCUAAUGUGGGAUAGCAGGCAUCCAAUGCAAAGCAAACUUGUCAUACCUGAAAGAGCUACAUUUAUUGUGCCACAUUGCAAUUUCUCAUGUAUUUUUUUAAAAUCAAAAGACCUCAAAUCUUUUAUUUUGAAAUCAGCCACAUUUUCCUAUCUCACUGAUAAAUCUGUUAAAUCUGUUAUCUGUUGCUAGGAGAUGGUUAACAUCGUAUACUACCGUUUUAAAUAUGCACUUUAAUGUUUUUCCUGCAGAAAGAUGCAACCAGUUAAAAUUCCAAAUCCAAUAGCAGUGCAGGAACUUGAAACCAAAGAAGAUCUCACACCUCAAACUGUAUCUGUUCCCCUUCUUGUCCCCAAUCAAAGAGACGCUCCUCCUGGUGACAGUGGUGGUCGACCUAGAAGGUAUGGUUGUUCACCAACACGGGUACGCUUUGAGGAUGAAUCAGAAAAAGAAGCUGAGUCCCGAUACUUGGAUAGGGUAAGACAACGUGGCAGACCUGGGGCGCCCAAGUUCAAGAGCAAAGAGAAUAAUACAGAUUCGAGCAGUAGUGGUUCAGAGAGGAGCAGAGGCCACAGGAGUGUCUCCAUGCCUCCUGCACAGAAGCCAGAGGAAGUGAGCAUCAGUGCUGAAUCUACGACAGUUAUUAAAGAGAUAAUAGUGCUGGUGAAGAAAUGUGAACAAUGUGGCUCUGUGGUCAGGGAACCUCAGCCAGUCUCAACACUGCCUGAUCUACACAAGCCUGCGCUGCAGCUUCCAAGCAACCAAGAUGACACACGAGGAGGAAAAGUCGCACCUCAUUGGGUGCCUCCGAGCAAGUCAGAGGCAAGUACUCGCCCCAAAGCUCCUUUAACCGUCACUUUUGCUGGAGCAUAUGUGCUUGGGGAGAGUAAAGACAGUGGCACAGGCUGGAAAUCCUCAGGGUUUGGGAAACUCAGGAGAAGGAGCAGGAAAGGAGAGAGUCGGGUAGAGUCUGGUAAUGGUCCUUAUGGGCUGUCUUGGGCACAGCGGCGUAACUCAAAUCCAAGGAGUAGGGUCAACUUCAGCAGAGCAGUGUCCUUCGCACCAGGAAGCCCCAUGGCUCUGGAGCCUUGUUUGCUGGAGGCAUCUAGUGGAUCACGAGAUUCCCCUGCCCAAUCACUGCCUAUAAAGUCUGCCCUGAAGUCGAGUUCGAGAAAUCGCUCUGCCGCAGGGCAGUCCACAGUUCAGUUCCAAAUAACCUCUGAUCAGGGAGACGAGGGAGGUUCUCAGCAUCCAGCCCUCCUCGACUCUCUAGAGACAAGACAGGAGUCUCCAGCGUCUUUGGCCCUCGGGACCCCUGCAACCAGCAGCCCAUUGCCCUGCAUCAGGCCAUCCACUCUCAGGUACUCACCACCCCGAAUCACUACUGAUCUGCCAUCUGCUGAACACUGGGAUGCCACUCAAGAUGGAACAGGUGAGUGGACACUGGACUCAAACAUAGUCCUUCUUCAGCUCAGGAAAACAUGGACAAUAUCCCUCUGAACAUUCCUGCAUUAUGUAAGUAGGAAGUACUGGCUAAGCUGUGACGCAUGCAGUAUGAAAAACAACAACUGUAUGUUUAUACUGUAAAAAAGGGCAUUUGAUUAAGCUCAGACAAAUCAAUUUUCGUGAAACCAGCAAAAAUGAAUGUAAAUCGCAUUGAUAUCAAGUUCAGACAACCUUAGUUCAGGCCAGACCAUAAUAAUGUUUAAAAACCCAGUAUAAGACAGAGCACCACUGAAUAACAUGAAUAAAGCAAAACUCAACACAAUAGAAUUCACUAGAACAGAGUUAUUGAUGUUAGCAUUUAAGUGCAUCCUUGUCUAACAGCAUCUCUUGGUGGAGACCCUGCUCCAGGCCCAGAGUGCCGCCCUGCUCUGCGCACCCUGGCUCUUUCUCGGACUGAGGACCUCAGAGCAGAGCUGUUGAGAGCUGAACACCUGAAAGCCGAGGCCACGUGGGAGGACAACUGUGACGGAUCCAAGUAAGAAACUGUAACAACACAUCCCCUUGUCUGUAUCAUGGAUGGAUAAGAUAGAGGCCCUUUAUUGUCAUUGUGUUAAGAUACAAUAGCUGUUUCCUAGAACUGCUUGAGUAUGACAAACUAAUCGUGGACAGGAGAUUAAAACCGUGACCUACAGUCCACAGGAUGUUGUAUCAAAUAUUGCGGGAACAGGACAAUCCCGCCCUCUUCUGGCAAUGCGAAGCUGUACUUGUUGAGGCGAACAGUUUGCUUGAACAGUUUGGGUUGUAAGUCUGUCUGGAGUCUAUAAGACAACAAUUAUUCAUUUUUUUUACACAGAAAGAUGGACGGGAGGCCAAAGCUCUUCCUUCGUCGCUUCUUUUCCUCGAUUGGUCUAAACAGCGUCGGCAGACUGGUCAAAGGAGGUCGCUCCAGCAGCAUGGAACAGCUCAGUAUAGCUGCUCCCCCACGGGCCAGCUCUACAUCCCCAAGCCCCACCCGCAGACCACCACCUCCAUGCCGCAUACAGAGGACUCCCUCACUGCAAACCCUACACCCAGUGAGAAACCAUUUCAUGCCAUGUUAUGUUCAAGCACUACUGCACAGCCCUGCUAUUGUCCUCUGUUUACUUUUAUGUAAACAUCAACAACAAACAUCAAAUAGAUGCAAUUUUUACCUUAUAAAAGUAGGCCGUAGAAAAAAAAAACAUAUAUUUACAUGUCUUUUAACUUCCAGGUCUGCUUUGAUGCCCUUUUAUUACUUAUUUACCACAGUGGACCAGCUAAGGCUUUGAAGUACUACCAACCUCUCUGCCUGACUCUGGAAGCACAAAUAAUGUAUUCCAGGCUAUUUCCUUCUAUCCUCCAUCCUUGCGGUCCUCUUGGCAGCUGUAAAAGUACACGAAACCAAUGUAAACAAUUUUCUGCUACAGCUAAUCAUUACCAUUGUUAGCACAGUGUGCGCAGUAUCAAACACACACUUGUUCGUUUUGGAGGGCUGUGGAAGCAUAAAAAAGAAAAAUCCUGUUAAAGAUGCUAAUUAGGGGAAAUUUGCCAACAUGGUCAGAGAAAAUGUGCUACAGUGCUAUUUAUCUGCCACUAGGUGCUGCCACUGGCCCAACUGCGAAAAGCAUCAUCAGUACAGAGUUUGGAAAGGAGAACUGAGCGUUCAACAAUACUGGGAGAAGUGCAGAUACCGUAUGGUCUGGCGCCUAGGUAGGUUUCGAGGAUGUGAAAACAAGGAAGAAAAACAACACAAAAUCAUCAUUGAGGAUAUGACUUUUUUAUUCUUUUAGUUUACUAGUGACUAGAAAUGAAACUCUGCCAUUACAGCCCUGACGGCCUCCAGAUUGAGCUCCACAGAGCCCUGAGUGUUGAAGAUGUUCUUGCCUCCAGAAUCGUGCGUCCAGUGGGUCGGGUCACCCAGGCUUUCCCCGAUGGUACUUUCCUCCUGGAGCUUGUUAGACCUCCAAACGGCCCUUUUGGUUUUGUCAUCUCAAGAGGCAAAGGUCGACCAGACACAGGCAACUAUCAAAAUUUACUUUCUUCUCUAAACCGUUUUAAUUUAAACUUUGCUUUUUUUUUGGUAGUUUUGGAUUGCCCAGCUGUCUAACUACCUUUCAAUCAAACUAUUUUCUGUUCCCCCUUCUGUUGUCUUUAUCCUUUUUACUUUGCUCAAUUAAAUAUUCUAGAGAGAGAAUAAUACCAUGAAAAGAAGAAGAAAGAGUCAUAAUUAAGACAUGUAGUGUAGUAAAAUGGCAACAUACCAUUAUAAAUGAAACCAUCAAAAAUGUCAAAACACAGGGCAGAUUUUUCUUCCCCACUCUCAUUCUCACGUGACCAAAUCCUCUUUUAAUUUGAUCCUUUCCUCUCAUUUGUGUCUUCUCAGGUGUGUAUGUAGAGAAAGUGGGUGACGGUAGCGGUGAAGGCCCCUAUAUUGGUCUCCUUGGCAUUGGUGAUGAGAUUCUACAGGUGAAUGGAGAAGUGGUGGCAGGCCUCAGUCUGGACCAAGUGACACGGCUCAUGACCCGCGAGAGCACGGCUUCCCUUCGGAUCAUGCCAGCCAGACGUGUCCAACGCUGAUGUGGCUCAAAGCCAUUUUACCCCGUAGCCAUGGAUAAUCAUUCACCUCGGCAAGCACUGCUGAUGGACUGCAACCUGUGCUAGAUGUCCGACUGUCGGAGUGUAUUUCACUGCUGUUUCACAUAUCAAAAAUGCAAACAUAGGUUUUCAGGGUUCAAGGUUUUAUUCCUAUAGGUGCAUACCAAUGUUUAAUAGCAUGACAUCCCAGGGAACUUUUAGUAUGACAAUCAGGUAGUAGACAGCAUCUGCUUGUUAGGAUAUUUAUAAGAGUAUUUAUUUAUGAGUCUUAUACCAGAGUAGAGUAGAAACACUGAUUCAAAUCCAGCAUGACUUUUUCUAUGCAUACAUUUCUCUUGGUGUUCACAUUUCAAGAAAAAGCCUAACAUUAGUUUUAUGAACAAAGUUUAUCUGUUUUUUUUUUUAAAGUUAUCUUUGUGUGAUUUUUGUGCUUUUAUAAAUGGAGAUCAAAGAAGAGUGGAUAGAGCAAGAAACCUGUGGGGAGAACGGAGAGUAACAUGUGGGGAAAGGGACUGUAGGUUGAGCUCUAACCCAGGCUGCCCACUAGAGGACUGAAGCCUCUGUACACGAGACAUGCGACUUAAAGACCAACCAACAGACACCCCAAUUCAGUAGCUAGAUUUUAACUUACUGUUAAGUUCCACAUAAACCAUCUAUCAAAGAGGGAUACUGCGUUAAUUUUGGAAGAUUUUUUCUGACAAUCAAAAUAAGGUAUUUUUAAGGUAGAAUUGAGUUUACAGCACAAAUGCUUGGUGAGUAGAUCCAUAUUUUCUCUAUCUAUCUAUCUAUCUAUCUAUCUAUCUAUCUAUCUAUCUAUCUAUCUAUCUAUCUUGGAUGACUGACAUGUAAAGCAUAAGGAUGUGAUCAAGCUUUUUUAAAACAUUGGUUAUGACAAAGGUCCCCUCUGCCAAGACUGCAUUUACAUUAAAAAAUGUUUUUAAACAAUAACAACAAAAAGAGAGAUGUUUUCAAUAAAUUAUUAUAUGUCCAAGGGAUAUUUGAGCUUCCCUAGUUCCCUCAUUUUUUAAAGAAAUGCUUCAUAAAAUGGGUACCAGUUUGCUCCAAAAUAAAAGAUUAUAUUUUUUGCCAAA